AUGGCGCUCGCCUCCAAGGCCUCGCAGCUCUCGGUCUCGGCUCGCCUCCCGGCGCCCCGUGCCGUACCUAAGCUUCGUUCUGGACGGCGCAGCGUGCACGUGGCGGCCUCUGCUGUCGGGCGUGAUGACCAGAUCGCCAAGCUGCUGGCGAUCCCUGCGGCGGCCGGCGUGCUGCUGUCCUCUGGCCACGCCCAGGCUGCCACCGAGCUCGCCCAGCUUGCCGCCAGCGACAACCGCCUGGGCACCAUCGCCCUGCUGUUCGCGCCCGCCGUCGCAUGGGUGGGCUUCAACAUGCUGCAGCCGCUCAACAACCAGCUCGACCGCAUGAGCGAGAUGAACGCCGCGCCUGCCCCCAAGGCCGCCAAGCGCCGUGGUGUGGCCAGCGCUGUUGGCCUGGGCGCCGCGCUCUCCCUGUUUGCGGCGCAGCAGGCCGAGGCCGCGACGGAGAUCGCACAGCUGGCCGCCUCUGACAACAGGCUGGGCACCAUUGCCCUGCUGUUCGCGCCCGCCGUCGCAUGGGUGGGCUUCAACAUGCUGCAGCCGCUCAACAACCAGCUCGACCGCAUGAGCGAGAUGAACGCCGCGCCUGCCCCCAAGGCCGCCAAGCGCCGCGGCGUGGCGAGCGCUGUCGGCCUGGGCGCAGCGCUUUCCCUGUUCGCCGCACAGCACGCAGAGGCUGCAACGGAGGUCGCGCAGCUGGCCGCCUCUGACAACAGGCUGGGCACCAUCGCCCUGCUGUUCGCGCCCGCCGUCGCAUGGGUGGGCUUCAACAUGCUGCAGCCGCUCAACAACCAGCUCGACCGCAUGAGCGAGAUGAACGCCGCGCCCGCACCCAAGGCCGCCAAGCGCCGCGGAGUGGCCAGCGCUGUCGGCCUGGGCGCAGCGCUUUCCCUGUUCGCCGCACAGCACGCAGAGGCCGCGACUGAGGUCGCGCAGCUGGCCGCCUCUGACAACAGGCUGGGCACCAUCGCCCUGCUGUUUGCGCCCGCCGUCGCAUGGGUGGGCUUCAACAUGCUGCAGCCGCUCAACAACCAGCUCGACCGCAUGAGCGAGAUGAACGCUGCGCCUGCCCCCAAGGCCGCCAAGCGCCGCGGCGUGGCGAGCGCUGUCGGCCUGGGCGCAGCGCUUUCCCUGUUCGCUGCACAGCACGCAGAGGCCGCGACUGAGGUCGCGCAGCUGGCCGCCUCUGACAACAGGCUGGGCACCAUCGCCCUGCUGUUUGCGCCCGCCGUCGCAUGGGUGGGCUUCAACAUGCUGCAGCCGCUCAACAACCAGCUCGACCGCAUGAGCGAGAUGAACGCCGCGCCUGCCCCCAAGGCUGCCAAGCGCCGCUGA